UCUCCAUGUCUUCUCACAAGACUUUCAGGAUCAAGCGAUUCCUUGCCAAGAAACAAAAGCAGAAUCGUCCCAUUGCCCCGUGGGUUCGGAUGAAAACUGGUAAUAAAAUCAGAUACAACUCCAAGAGGCAGAAUUGGAGAAGAAUGAAGCUGGGUCUGUAAGGGAUCGAA